CCAGGAGCGCGCGGGGCAGCGGAUGAGCGCGGCGGCGGCCCAGGGCACCUCCCCCUGGCUUCCCGAUCCCUGCCCGGCCAGACCCGACGGGGAGGAUGGAAACAGCAGCCGCGCUCUGAGCCGCUCGGGAAGACGACACCCUUCCCACCCUAUCACCCAGCGGUCCUGCGGAGACCUUCCCCUAGUCCCCUCCACGUCUCCGUCUCCCGGCGCGGGGCCGAACAGAAAAGCCAGCCAUGGCGGAAAACCUGAGGAGACUGGUCUCGCACGAGGCCUUACGGACGUUGCAGGGACAGCUGGACACCUGGCUGAGGGAAUACAACACAAACACAUGUGAUCAAAAUCUGAACUAUUGCCUUGAAAUCAUUGAACAAGUCGCCAAAGUGCAGGGGCAGCUCUUUGGGAUCCUCACUACUGCAGCCCAAGAAGGAGGACACAAUGACGGAGUGGAAACAAUCAAAUCGCGCCUUUUGCCCUGGCUGGAGGCUUCCUUUACUGCUGCCUCCAUGGGAAAGCCUGUUGACAGCAGGGUCCCCUCUCUGCAGGACACCUUUGAUAGGGAGAGACAUAAAGACCCUAUUCAGCGGGAUCGGGAAGCACAAUUAGACUCUGACUUGAACGCAACCCGUAAUCAACUGAACAAGGUUCAAGACGAUCUGGCUGAAACUGAAAAGAAUCUUGAAGAAACCAGGAACAGAUCGGCCAUAUCCCUUCUGGCUGCAGAGGAGGAAAUAAAUCAGCUAAAAAAGCAGCUGAAAUCUCUCCAAGCCCACGAGGAAGCUCGCCACAGAAACCCGGACCGCAGGAGCGUGGAGAGCAGGCGAUCGGCGGAGCCGCGGAUCAUGGAGACGCGGAUCUCGGAGCUGCGGGCCUCGGAGCCGCGGAGCACGGAGCCGCGCAUCUCGGAGCUGCGGGCCUCGGAACCGCGGGUCACGGAGGCGCGGACCCAGGAGGCUCGGAAAUCUCAGCGGAGCUCCAUGAAGCGGGUCACAGAGCAGCGGAACCCCGAGACCACGGCCGCCGACUACGAGAAACAUCUCCGCAACCUGAAGGACGAGAUAGCUGUUCUGUCUGCGGAAAAAUGUGCGCUGCAAGGAAGGUCGCCCCGGAGCCAGUCUCCCAGCCCUGAGGCUCACAGCCGCCCUCGCAGCCCCAGCCGCAGCCGCCCUCGCAGCCCCAGCCGCAGCCGAACCCACAGCCCCAGCCGCAGCCGCACCCACAGCCCCAGCCGCGCCCACAGCCCUAGGCGCACUCGCAGCCGCAGCCGCAGCCCCAGCCGCAGCCGCAGCCACAGCCGCAGCCACAGCCGCAGCCACAGCCAUAGCCGCAGCCGCAGCCGCAGCCGCAGUCGUAGCCGCAGCCGCAGCCGCAGCCCCUCCACGGUCAUGAAGAUCAGGACCCCGUCCCCGAACCGCUCCAAACUGUCAAGCGUGGCGCGCAAGGCUGCUCUCCUGUCCCGGUUCAGCGAUGCCUAUUCCCAAGCCCGCCUGGACGCUCAGUGCUUGCUGCGGCGCUGCAUCAACAACGCGGAGACGGUGCAGCGCAUCAUCUACAUCGCCACCGUGGAGGCAUUCCAUGUAGCUAAAAUGGCAUUCAGACAUUUCAAGAUCCGUGUGAGGAAAUCGUUGACGCCGUCUUAUGCUGGGUCCAAUGACUUUGAGAACGCUGUUUCAGAUUAUAUCGUUUGUCAUCUUGAGAUGUAUGAUCCCCAAAGCAGUGUCAAUGAUGUGAUCCGAGCCAUGAAUAUCAAUCCCAAGAUUUCAUUCCCUCCUGAAGUUGACUUUUGCCUCCUCAGUGACUUUAUCCGGGAGAUAUGUUGCAUCGCCUUUGCAAUGCAGACCUUGGAACCGCCCCUAGAUAUUGCAUUUGGGGCCGAUGGAGAACUUUUUAAUGAUUACAAGUAUCGCCGCAGCUACGACUCGGACUUCACUGCCCCCUUGGUCUUAUAUCAUGUGUGGCCUGCUCUCAUGGAGAAUGACUGUGUCAUUAUGAAGGGAGAAGCUGUCACCAGGAGAGGGGCUUUUGUACGGUGGCCUUGCAUAGUGACAAUUCGUCCCAAGUGUUUGCUUCACAAGUUCGAGAACAUUUAUAAACCCAGAGAUUCUAUAAAAGAAAUUCAUAAAGAGUGGUUUGAUAAGAUUUCAUACCAAGGAGAGAAAGGAGAUGGUCUAGGAAAGAAUAGAUUCUUUUCUUUGUUUCUUCCAUAAUUUCAUAUAUUUCUGGAAGCAAUUCUUUGUUAAUUUAUUUAUAAAAUUGAAUUAGCCGUACUUGCCACCCCCGUCUUAGAAAUAUUAUGAUAUUUUGCAGGCAAAGUCCUUUGUACUUAUUUCCUGAGAGACUUCCUAUAAUUCUAAGCACCUUAAAGUGAGUAAUUAAUUUUCAGGAAUCAGUUUGCUGAAUUUUUAUUGACCGUUGUUCCCUCUUGGGAAACUAUGAAUAUGCCUUGUUUUUCUCUCAUUGGUAUGAUGUAUAAGGAGGGAAGGGAUGGAGAAAAAGAGGGCAGAGGAGGUGGGCAGAGGGGGACCAAUCUGUUUGGGAAGGUUGCUUCCUACAUCCAUUGGUUAUAGAAUGUUUUGAACGUAUUAAAUAAUUGAGCAGUCUUCAGACAUGGAGUCUUAGGUCCGGUGUGUGAGUGUGCACGCUGCAGUGGAGCCUGAAUGAUGAACUGGAGGCCACGGUGCUCACAUGUCCUGCAGAGUUCAUGUUAUGUAGUUUUUACUCCCUGCCUUUCCUAGUAAGAAAUAAUUAUGAAGUGAAGCCCCUUCAUUCAGCUCAGAGCACAGCCCCCACUGGCUGGUCUCUGUUCUUCUCCUCUUUGGACUGAAAACUAGG